AUGGACGUAGUUGUGGUCGCCACCUUUCAGGAUUUCGAUGAGACGCUGGAGAAGAGGCUACGGGGCCCGGGCAGCGGCCGCACCGCAUCCACCCGCGCCAUGCUGCGCCACCUCCGCCAGGAGUCUGUCCGCAAGGUUGACCUGCUGAUCCUCGAUUGGAAGGCGCCGCCGAAGCAGGGCCCCAAGGAGCUGAGCGUUUCGCUGAACGAGCCCUCGCCCAUGGCGGCGGUGUGGGGCUCGCGAGAGCAGCUGCUCACCAAGUUCCCGGCUUCCGUGUGGGAUUUGUGCAUUUGUUGCAGCACCCUGCGCCUGGCGAUGGACGUGGGGGCGCUUUUGAAGGUGAAGAGACGGGUGGCCAUAGUGCACGACUACAACCUGCCCUUUGGGCCUUGGGGUCAGGAAGGAAGCUACAAAGUGAGCCGGGCGGGGAGCAGCCUGUGCGAAGCCUUCGAGCUCUUCUGUGCGUCGCAGCACCUGGCCGAUUUUGUGGAGAAGUGGGCGGUAGGCUGCCGCGCUUUGUGCGCAUACAGCGCGGACUAUGGCUUCUUCGAGCCCUUGCCGGCGGGCUUCGAGGUCACGGAAGGCAAGCACAGCUUCGUGACCUUCGUGUCCCCCUGCCCGGAGAAGGGUCUCAGCCCUUUGGCUGAAGCUUCUCAGGAGGAAAUUGGAUGCAUCUUCUUGCGCCUCGCGCAGCAGCUGCCGGACGUCCAGUUCCUGGCGGUGAAGACUACGACCUGGAGCAAGCCCUGGCAUGAGCAGGUGCUGAAGAAACUGAAGAACGUGAAGAUCCAAGCGGCCUCGGAGAAGAUCGAUGACAUCCUGAAGGUCACAAAGGUGCUGCUGGCGCCCUCGGUGUACCCCGACGCCUUUGGCCUGGUUUGCACGGAGGCGCAGCUCCGGGGCAUCCCGGUGGUAUCCACCGCCGUUGCGGGCCUUGCAGAGGCCAACUCUGUGCCCAGCACCCGGGUAGCCGACGUGCCGAUCGUCUUGGACCCCCGGACCCAUGAGUUGGUCAUGGGUAUGACCCUUGAGGAGGCCGAGAGCUCGUUGGCCAUCGACCGACCUGGACAGCUCACCAUGGAGCAGUGGCGCCAGACCGCCAUCACGCAGGAGAACUACCAGAAGGUGGCGGAGGAGAGCGACGUGCAGAAGCUUCUUGAGGUGCUGCUUCGAGUGCUCGGGGACUUGCGCCAAGCCUCCCAGGACGCCAAGAUCGCGGCCACCGGCUUCGUGGAACGCAGGAGAGGUCAAUUCAUGGCCUCCCUCAAGAAGCUCUUGGACGAGCACGUGGCCGCGGGCGAUGCCAAGCCUGCCGCCGUCCAAAAUGCGGCGGGAACCGUUGCCGCGGGCAAGUUUGCGCCGAAGCCCCGGGCGAUCAAUGCGCAAGAGGUGGAGAAUGAUUUUGACGUGAACCAGGACUUCACCCAGGUGCCGGACUUUGACGGCACGGCUUUGGCGGCCAAGUGCCUGGUGCGGCUUUGUGAGCAGGGGAACCUCACCGUGGCGGCUGAGCUGCUGCAGGCCAAGGCGGACGUGAACCUGCCCGAGCCCGAGGUGGGAGUGACGCCCUUGAUCGCGGCAGCCAACUGCGGGCACUUGGACGUUUGCAAAUACCUCCUCCGAAAGAACGCGGAGGUGAGCUGCGAGGUCCACGACGGCACCCGGCGCACGGCGCUGCAUGCGGCCGCACACAUGGGCUACGCCUCCGUGGUCCAGCUGUUGCUGGACAAGGGCGCGCAGGCGCGGGCGGUGGACCUCACCCAGACCCACCCGCUGCACCUGGCGGUGAGGAACGGCCACGCCGGAGCUGCGGAGCUGCUGCUCAAGGGCAAGGCCAACCCGAAUAUGGCGGACGAGCAGGGGCAUGUGGCCAUCAAUGACGCCGUUGCCAAGGACAGAUUUGACCUGGUGACAAAGCUCUUGGAGUACGGCGCGCUCGUGAACGUGCGGAACAUGGCGGGCCUGGAGGCGAUCUCCUUCUCCCGGACGCCCCACAUGCAGUCCAUCAUCAUGAAGCAUGAUGUGAACUUCUAG